CUCUAUCGGGUUUCGGUUUUCGAUGUGUCCAUACACAUAAUACCGAUUUAUAAUUUUGAUUGGCCACCGUUCGUUUGGAUGUCUGUGAACAACGAUGACGACGAUUGGAGGACCGUUGAAAGUUCAUUUUUCGGCAACUCUCACUCAAAACAAAAAAAAACGCACUGAAAGAACAACUUUGAACAGAGUAAAUGCAACUAUUACGGAAUUUAAUGCAAAAUUGACCCGAAAAAACAAGUGCUGACCACAUUUUUUAACUGUUGUUUUCUUUAUUAAAAAAUAAAACGUUGUUCUUACUUAAAUCCAUUUCAUUUGGUUCGCAAAAACAGCGUCAAAGUGAUCAGAAGUUCAGUUUAAAUAAAAAUAACUUUUGUAUGUGCGCUUCUAUCAACAACAAGUGAUGAAUAAAAACACCAUGAACAACUGCAACAGAAAAAAACUACGACAAAGCGCAACAAACAAAAAUUCAAUUAAAGUGAUUAGUUAAGAAAUAUUAUUUCCGAUUUUUUUUUAUCGCCUGUUUUCAAUUUCAAUCCACACGAAUUUAAAAAAAAAAAGAGUGCGUGAAAGCAAAACAUUUUUUGGUGUGUGUUUAUUUUGUUAUGAACCUGUUAACGCCUGUAAAUCAUUCAAUUUACUUAAUACGCCCCAGGAUAAACAUUGUUUUACGUGCAAAAAAUAAAACCGAUUAUGCUUUUGUUGAACGAAAAAAACACAACAACAACAACAAAAAAAGUUAAGUGUAUUAUCCCGCAUGCAUUUGGUUCUUUCGUGUUGAUAAUAUCUGGACAAUUUUCAUCUGAAUCACUUAAUUACAGUCAUUGACACUGUGUGCAUGCCGGUAGCAAAGUCGAAUAAAAUGCGGCAUCAAUGAAAUGGCCAAAAACAAUAACAAACCAAAAUCUUGAAAAAAAAACUGCGACGAAGAAAAACAUCAUCGUGAAUGCGGUGUGAACUUUUUUUAAAUAUUUCUUUCGAUUUGAAUGUGCUACAUCCCAGCGAAGCGGUCCUGCGAUUCAUCACUCAUAACACGCAAACAAAUAACAGAAGAAAACAAUACACACAACUGGCCUAUCGACGAUAAAAGCAUGAAUAUAAGCAUAUGCAUAAAGCGCAGCAAAAAUCAACACAAUUGCAUUGCGUUUGUUCAUUCGAUACAACGAUAAUCGUACCAUCAUCUCACUGUCGUCGCGGUCGUCGUCGUCGUCGUCGUCGUUGUCAUCAUCGUCGUUGUCGUCCUCCUUCUUUUUCAUCGCCGUCGUCCGUCGUCGACUGUGACGCGGCGACAUCUUCUCCUCAUACGCGUUAACUAAUCAACCAAUUUACAAAUGCGCCAACGAUUGCAAAAUAAAUAAGCGAGAAAAAAAAGCUCACCACAUACUAUUCUCUCUGUCUCAUUCUCAUUUGGUCUGGCAUUGUAAUAUCAAUCGCAUAAUAAAAAUAACAAUCGAACAAAACCAAAACAGACACAAAAAGAACAAACGAUCUAUUUGAAACUAGCUUUUAUCUUUAGCACACUCUCUCACCCGCUCUCGGUGUGCGUAUGUGUGUGUGUGCGUUGCAUCGAGAUCGUUUACUAAAGUGCAUAAAAAGCGUAAAACUUGGUCGCUUUGUUGAUUAAAAUUGUUUUAUGAGAGAAACAAUGCCAAUGGGUGGGUAAACAAAUCACUCACAGUGAAAACAAUGCAAUACAAUACCAAUAAACCAUGUGAAAAAUGCUCAAACUCCACUGACUAAAAAAACCAAAACAAAAAGGUAGAUAGAAAAGCGAAUCAAAUACAAUACGUACGAAGAGCUAAUCAAAACAAAAGAGUUAUUUGGCGCCAAUAAAUAAAAAAGAACCACACACACACGAGAAUUAAACGCAAGUCGGCGAAGAAUAUAAAAACAAAGCUUAGCACAAACAAACUAAGUAAAUAGUAAACACUCUUAGGCAGAUCGAUUGAGAUAGAGAGAAAAGAAGCGAGAGAGAAUAAAAUAUCGAAAAUUGAUUGCACACAAGCUAACCGAGUAGCAAACAAGCAAGAUGGCAAUAAAUUUUUCUGCCUCGUUCGCUGCAUGCCUAGCGGCCGGCCUAAAGGUUCCACGACAAAUUAUGUAUUGUAUUUCGCAAGAUACUGCGCCAUACGUUCUCUAUAAAGAUUCACAAGAGGCGGCCGAACGCAAUGCGUUAACCUCAUCUGGACAAUGGAGCGCAGAUAUGUAUCCUCAUCAAAGCCACAAUAAUCAGCAUCAACAGCAGCUACCAACACAACACACAGCUCCGACUAGCCCGAGGGACGAAUCACAGCAACAGCAACAAAACGAAAAUACACAUCGCAAUUUACCCUCACCAGCCGCCGCCGCACACCCACAACAAACCAAUGCCAAUCAAGAUAUGGACGAAGAUGUCGCCAUUAAUCAGGUGAACUCGUUGCAUCAGCAGCAUCAGAACCAAAAUGUUACACAAAACGGCCAACAGCAGCAGCAACAACAACAACAAUCAAAUCAACAAUCUUCGCCAGAACAAAACAUCGAUAUGUCCGCCGAUCAAAAUCAACAACAGAAUAGCCAACAGCAAAGCAACACGUCGAAUAGUCAGCCAAUUCGAAACGAUGGAGUACAAUGCUUUGAUGCAUCACAAGCCGAGCUCAAUUAUUAUAGGCAUCCAGGUCAGGCGAUGUUGGCGCCGCCUGGUUUUCCGCCAUUACAUUACUUGAAUAAACCGUUGCCCGGUUUAAGUAUGGAACAAGCACAGCAGGCGCUAGAACAAUACAAUCAAGGCAUACCGGAUCUAUUGCCCGGCCAUAAUAUGCACCAAACAUCACCGUCACCAGGCGGCUCAAUCAAAUCCAAAGGAUCCGAUUUACGGCUAUUCAAGUGUUUGACAUGCGGGAAAGAUUUUAAACAAAAGAGUACACUAUUACAACACGAACGUAUACACACCGAUACACGGCCGUACGGAUGCCCUGAGUGUGGAAAGCGGUUUCGUCAACAAAGCCAUUUGACGCAGCAUCUAAGGAUUCAUGCAAAUGAGAAGCCAUUUUCGUGUGCGUAUUGUCCGAGAAGUUUUCGACAACGUGCAAUUUUAAAUCAGCAUCUACGUAUCCACUCGGGUGAGAAGCCGUUCACGUGUCCUGAGUGUGGGAAACAUUUUCGCCAGAAAGCAAUCCUCAAUCAGCAUGUGCGAACGCAUCAAGACGUUUCGCCACAUCUUGUGUUCAAACGAUGCGGUGAAUCACAUGCAACACUGUGGCCAUUUGAUUUACCAUUUCCCGGUGAUGAUGGCGACGGAGAAACGAAACCGCACACUGAACAACAAAAAAGUGACGAGCACAUAAAAGACAAACACAAACACACAGAAAAUAAUGGUUAUAUCGACGAUAGUGCCAACGAUACGGCCGAAUCAAGAGCAUAUUUUUCUAUUCAAGGUGGUGCCGGUGCCGGUCUUCAGUAUCCUGCCUAUUUCAAAGAUGCAAAAGGAAACAAUCAUUCGGUGUUUGGUGGAAAUUUGGGCUCAUUGCAGUAUUUAAAACCGGGACAAAAGGGAAUGCUGCCCGAUGUAUUGCAACAAGGCCGAAAUGCUGGCAUGCCAUUAUACGUACGUUGUCCGAUUUGCCAAAAAGAAUUUAAACAAAAGAGUACGCUUCUGCAACACGGAUGCAUUCACAUUGAAUCGAGGCCAUACCCUUGUCCGGAAUGCGGAAAACGAUUCCGUCAACAAUCGCAUCUUACACAACAUCUGCGAAUCCAUACGAAUGAAAAACCAUAUGGUUGCAUUUAUUGUCCGAGAUUCUUCCGCCAAAGGACCAUACUGAAUCAGCACAUACGUAUCCAUACGGGUGAGAAACCGUACAAAUGCGGCCAAUGUGGCAAAGAUUUCCGACAAAAGGCAAUCUUAGAUCAGCACACGCGUACCCACCAGGGUGAUCGGCCAUUCUGUUGUCCAAUGCCGAAUUGCAGGCGACGCUUUGCAACGGAACCGGAUGUCAAAAAGCAUAUAGAUAAUCAUAUGAAUCCGCAUUCGUCAAAAUCGCGUCGUAAUCAAAUGAAUAAUGCCGCUGCUGCAGCAGCUGCAGUAAAUGCGGCAGCGGCGGCUGUUGCAAUGCCCGCACCAAUUGACGGUACCAAAACACCCUUUCAACUCUCAAUGGAUAAACAAAACAAUCUAAUACCACGCAUGAAUCCAUCGAUCAAACACGAACUUUACUUCCCGCAAUGUUAUGCACCUCCGUUUGGAAACCAAUUUGGCGCUCAGCAACAAGCACACAGCAGCAGUGUUGGAACGACAAAUAAUUCAUCGGUACCUAAUGCCAACACAUCGACAGCAACAUCCUCAGCAAUUCAACCUCCAGCCGUUGCACAGUGACAUUCAACCUUUGCUCCGCAGCACAUGCCGUGAUAAAUGCAAAAAAUUACAGAAACUCUAAACAACAAAACAAAACAAAUCCAAUCUAUUACAUUGAUGGUUACAUGUCGUAUAUAUAAAAGUACCCGGACAGUGUUUUUAAAUCGAAGAAAAUGCAAGCGAAAGAGAACUAUACAAAAGAGAUGAAGUUAAGCAGAUGCAGAACGAAAAGAGUAACAAGAGAUAAUUCAGCAGACACGAAAUAAAAAGAAGAGAAUGAUGCGGACCUACGUUUCAUUAGAGAGAAAGAAAAAAAUUCAUAAAACAACAAUAUUUAGAUGUAGAUAUUCUUUAUAUUAAUACGCUCUUAAAAUGAUCAAUAUAUUAAUAGAAAUCUAUACAAGUGGCGAGAAAGAGAGAGAGAGAGAGAGAGAGAGAUAGAGUGAAAAAAAAGAAAAAGAGCGGAGAAAAAACACAAAAUCGCUAUUCAUUGAACGCAUUUGAAACUGUUUAUUUCUCGUGAGGACCUCAAUAUAUAUAUAUAAAUGUUUCUUUUGUCGAUCAAUUAAAUAAUCGUAGUUCUUCACACAGAAAAUGAAUGUAAACAUUUGUAUUAACAAAUGUUUUUUUUUCGGUCGAAGUCAGGAAGCGAAUGGAAUGAAAAACAUAAAUCAAAUGAUCUUCAUAUUGGCCAUUUUCCAGAGUAUGAUUUUUGUUUUUGUUUAGUUUUUAAUAUUGUCUUUCCAAAAAAAAAGGAAAUGAGAGAAAAAGUUACAAUUUGCGCGCAAAUAUACCGAUUCGAAGUGGAUGAUCGAUCGAUUUUGAUCGUUUCGAGAAAAGAAAAACAAAAAAAAAAACCGAAAACUCUUGGCAAUUCACUCAUAAUUCACGCAAACAAUGAGAAGACAAAUGUUAUCAUUAUAUAUAACCAAGAGUUGUUUCUAGAUAUCUACAUGGAAUCGAUUUGUUCCACAGAUAAACAAUGCCAUACUGUUUUUUUUCUACGAAAAGAUGAAAUUGAAAAUUGCAAAUUUUCAUUUCGAGUGCAAUAAAAUAACCCCCCCCCCCCCCAAUUGAUUAUAAUUGCCAUAUUUUAGAAAAUGUAGGGCCAUUGUGAGCAUUCACAAAAUGUAGAGGAAAACGAGAAGCAAAAAAGGUGCAACAUUUAUGAAAACGAAACUGUAUGUGUUAAUUAUGUAGUUUUUUUUCUGCUCUGAUGCAAUCUCCUUUUACCGAAAAGUUAAUGGUUUUGUUUGUGAGAGAAAUCGAGAACCGGAUUUAAUAUGGACUAUUGUGAUACACAGUGACUAGAUCGGUGCCAUUCGGAAUGUGAACGCGAAACGAAGAAAGAAAAAUUAAGAAAUACUAUAUAAGUAAAAGGCUUUUGUUUAUUUUUCUGUUCUCCUUGCACAUUUUUUUUUAUUAACUAAGUUUGUGAUUAUUUUUUUUUUCGACGGGCUCUUGCCAAUGCAUGGGAAGUCGAGCAUAUAGCUUCGUUUCAAUUUGUGUACAUUUUUUUUUGAUAAUUUUCAUUUUUUUACCGUGGUGCAUUUCAUUUAGCAGUUACACAAACCCAAGUGAAUGAAAUAUUUGUUUUCAUUUAAAAAUUCUUCUGAAUAAUUUUUUUUUUGUUUGUUUAUCAGUGAGAGAACUUAAGUUUAGUAAGACUGUUUUAAUGGCAACAAGGAAAACCCCAAUUAUACAUAUACACAAAAAUAACAAGUGAAUAUGCCAAUUAUAGGAGUAGAUUCAACAUGAAGCAAAUCGAAUAUAGUUUGCCAUCAUGAUUAUUUCAAUUAGGAUUCAUUGUUUCGUUUUCUACAUAUGUUGCUUCGGAUUUUAUCGAUCGAUUUUUCCUUUGAUGAAGCAUUUUUUUUUAAUUUUCUACACGUAGUUUAAUUUUGUUGUUAAAGAAAAUAUCGAAUUUUUUUAGUCAUAUACAUUAUACAAUUAGUUGCAGCGUCAGCGAUUUCUUCGAUUUCACAUUGCGAUUUAAAAUAGAUGUCUUCUUCUCGUGUAUUUGUAUAUGCAACACACAAAAAAAAGCAAACAAGUGAAAAAAGAAAACUUGAAUAAUUCAGAUUGGGAACUAUUUAAACGAAUUUCUUCUAGGUCAUAACUUAUGACUCAUAAGAAACAUACAAUGCAACCAAUUUUAGAUUCGAAUUUUAUUAUUUUAGUCAUGCUCACUGUAGUGAACUUAUAAGUUUUUCUUCUUUUUAAUCAUAACUCGUAUGCAAUUCCACCGCAAAAUAUACACACACACAAUAAAACAAAAAAACAAAUCAUUUAGUUAAAAUGAAAGGAAAGAAUUAGAUAUAAGAAAAGGAUUUUUUUCUAUAUCUUCGUUUUCUUUAUCUCUCUCAUCAAGUGAUCUUUAAUCAUUUUAUUUUAUUUUCUCUUUUUAAAUUUUAAUAAUAUUUUUUUUGUUGAUUUUUAUUUGUAGAGACAGAUUCGUCAUUUUAUCAAUUUAAUAAAAUUUAAAUUGUGAUUUUAAAAGAAAAAAUCGACACCUCGAACAAAUUCGUUUGAGAGAUUUAGUUUUUAAACGAUACACAAAGAAAUAAAGAAAAAGAACAAUAAUUACAAUAAAUGCGUGCAAGUAUGAGCAAAAUAACGGAGAUACAGACAGAGAGAAAGAGAAGAUUGUCCAUUGUGUGAUGAAUCGAGUCAACAAUUGAAAAUUGAUCAAAUCGCAAUUAAACAUUAGAAAGCAAAGAAUUAAAUAUAGGCAAUAAAAGUUUUCAACAAAAACGGAAUGACACACACACAGUGAGAGAGACAAACACAGCAAUCAGAAAGAAUAAAAAAAAAAAAACAAUUUUAUUUGAUUCAUUUUAGAUAAAUGUAGCAGCAAAACAUUGUAAUACACAAAUUAGAAUUUAGUUAGCACGCACUCAUAUUCGAUCAGACAAAUUUUUAAUAUAUUCAAUAAUGAUUUUUUUCCAUCUUU